AUGGAGCCCGCAACCGCGCCCCAGGCCGACCUGGCGCCGGAGCUGACCCCGGAGGAGGGGCAGGCCACCGAGCAGUUUCUUGAAGUGAUUAACAAGUGGACAGUUCAGGACAACGUUUCUCCUCUCUCUUGGAAUGUGACUGUAAAGUUCCUCAUGGCUCGGAAGUUUGAUGUGCUCCGCGCCAUAGAGUUGUUCCACUCCCACAGGGAAACAGGAAGGAAGGAAGGCAUUGUGAACCUGAAACCUCAUGAAGAACCUCUCCGUUCUGAGAUUCUUAGUGGAAAAUUCACCAUCUUAGAUGUUCGGGACCCAACAGGAGCCUCCAUUGCCCUCUUCCCUGCCAGAUUGCAUCAUCCCCACAAAUCAGUGCAACAAUUCAGGCUCUGUUUUACUUGUUAA